UUAGGCUAAUGAACUGCUCUUCCAAAAAUGCCUGAUGUGAAGCUACUUAAAUAUUCUUCAGAAAAGGAGAAGGCACACACGCACGGUGAAGUGGAUGGAUUCCAUUUAGUCUAUUCCAACAGACGGCGUAGCUGUGCUUUGGUAAACACUCCAUCACCUUGUGUUAACAAAGCCAUCCACCACAUACAAGAGAUUGAAAGAAAAAUCGAAGUCUGGUUUGAACAGCUGGAUGUUGCUUUGCUUGAAUCUUCUGAGCAUCUAGACAUUGAUGAAAGCACAUUACGAUCUUGCACUAAUUCGUUUGAUCCUGGUACCAUCUGUAUUGAGGGCAAAGGAAUUUCUGGAAAAGAAUGUGAUAAAGUAGCUUCACUGAGAGAGGAGGCCAAAGCUGUCUUGUUGGAGAUUAUUGAUUUGAUAGUUCGCCUAGAAACUGACCGCCAAGAGGCAGAAGAAGCUUUGAAGAAGGAGCGAGAACGGAAAAUAAAAUUAGUGCAGAAAAUCGAUUUCUUGUCAUUGUGGAGGCUUCAACACCUUCCUGCAGCUGUACAAAAAGAGCAUGAAGCAUGUGCACGGGACAUAAAUGAGCUACUCUGGCACCUUCAGCGAAAAAAGGAAAGACUGAAAGAAAUAAAAGAAAGACUACAACAGGCUGAGAUUCAGAAUCGAAGACUGCUAGAAGACAUUGGCUUUGUGGAAAAGCAUGCGCCACUUGUGAAGGAAAAAUUGGCAUGUGAAAGUAAUAUAUUACAUGAAAUCGAGAAGGCUCAAGAUGAGGCAAAUGAAAUAUUUUCAAAGUGCAGCAAUGAACUCCAAAGUGUUCAGCAGUUGUUUGAUGAGACUGAAUCCAAAGCGAAUGCUGAAAGGGACAAAAUGUCCAUGGAGCUGAAUGAUAUUACAUCUAAUUUAAAUGCACAGAUACACGAGCUUGAUCAGUUUGAACUGUACUCAAGAGCCUGUUUGAAAAAGAUGGCAGAAAUCCAAAGAAAUCUGAUAGAAAGAGAAAAUGAAGACAGAUUCCUGAAGAUACAGAUAUCAAAUCAGUCUGAAUGCGAACAAAUUUUAAAAGACGAGUUUCAUUUAGUUGCUAUGGUUGAAGAUGGACAGCACCACAACGGUCUUCUUGUGGUGCAGAUUGUAGAAGUUGAGUUUGAACCCUGGUUCGAUGUGCACCUAGCAUAA